GAAGCAACGGGUUGGUUGAUAUGAGUUGGGAUUUCCCAGUGAGUGCAGGUUACAAGUAUCUCAUUCGGAUGCAUUUCUGUGACAUAGCUAGCAAAUCACUCGGCAGGCUAUAUUUCAAUGUUUUCAUUAACGGGAACGUGGCGUACCAAGAUUUUGAUAUCUCAUACGCUGCUGAUGAUGUCCUUGCUUCUCCGUAUUACAUUGAUUUCGUUGUCGAUCCUACUACUGCUGAUUACAACAAUAACAAAAACAGCCCUUCAGGAUCGUCGAUAACAGUAAGUGUUGGACCAUCAAACAAGACUAGUGUUGAUGAACACGGAGUUGAUGCGAUAUUGAACGGUGUUGAGAUCAUGAAGAUGAAUAACUCAAUGGGUAGUCUUGAUGGGUAUGUUUCAGCAGAUAUGAUUCUGAAUACUUGCCCGAAUCGAAGAAACGUAAGCAUAUUUAUCGCAAUGUUGGCAUUUAUGUGUAUUUUUAUGAGCUUCUACAUUGUGGCUCGAAGGAAGAAAGCUAGGGAUAACUAUGGCUGGACUAAGCUGUCCAUGGACGGCCUUGAAGAUAAUAAUCCCAAGUCCGGGAAUCAAUUGAUAGCAAGAAAGGCUUGAAGAUGCUUUUGCUUGGUGAAUAUAUUAACAAUGGACACUUUUCCUUUAAGUAUUUUCUACUUUGACACGAUGGAAUAAUCUUUUUUUUGUUUCUUAAUUAGGUUUGUAAUGUUUCACAAUGGUGUUAUAAUGUGUUGUUUAUACAUAUGUAACUGAUUUAUUUGUUCAAUGUAUAUAGAGAUACUCUGAUGCAAUUUUCGAAAUGGAAAUGUUUUUAUU